AUCACAUCAGCGAAGCUGCUGUCAUUUUUCUCACAGCCACACGAAGUGAAAAAUAUUUCUGCAAUUUUUUUGUGAUAAAAGAAGUUAAGAUAGAUUUUAUAAACGUUCGGUGUAUUGUAAGUUGAUUCCGCUACUUAUUAACGUCUUCAAUCAACCAAUAUUUAUCCAAAAAUUUCAAUUUAUACUGGAAAGGUAAAAACAAUUGCCCACAGCUAUACUCAAAGGAGUGGGCAGGCAAAAGUGGAAGAGGAUAAAUUAACCAUUCGACUUUUUUCAACGCGUCAUUUAAUAAAUAGGAACUGGCCAACCCCACGUCGUUAUAUUAUUAUAAUUUUAAUAUAUGAUUGAUUUGAUAUUACAGGUACCGGUAUUCAUAUGUUAAUUUAAUGGAUACUCUUUAUAUGUACACUUGUACGUACAGAGGCCAAAAUUAACCUUAGCGCGUCUUUUCGUUUCGUGCAAAUUCAAUUGUGGAAUUUUUACUUGUUUGAAAUAAGUUUUAUUUAAAGUGAAAUAUUGGAUUAUAAGAAAAAUCGUUAUAAUACAGUGCGUACAAAAUGAAUACGAAUUAUAUUAUGCGUGCUUUGAGUUUCCACGGUCAGCCCAUGCAAAAAAUUUGGGAUGACGAACGCGGGGCAGGGGACAUACAAAAGUGCGGUAUACCUGCUCAUCCAGACUACUCCAUCUACCAGGAAAGGCAGAAAUAUUUCACAUUUCAAGAUCGUGCGAAGCGUUUAAAGCUGCAUCAAUUUUUUGCUCGUAAAGCGCUAGAUUUGUACGAUUCGGAGCUGACUAGUACGGAGGUGGAACCAAAUAAAAUUAUUGAAAAUGAACAAUACAUAGCAUCGCUGCCACCAUACGAACUCUUCGUCAAUAGAAAUAAGGAUAAGCAAAAACGUUGCCGUUGUAUAAUGAAAAAUAUUAAUCCAGGUGAUAUUAUAUAUUGCAUGGUAACAAAACUUAAUACUACUAUGGUCAAAACUCUGUGCAUGGGCGAGCCUAUGGUACGCUUCUUGAAUGAUCUACCUAUCAAGGCUUAUUUAACAAAAACCGAAUUGGAUGGUAAUGAUAAACCGCGUGUUUUCAAUAAAAACGAUUACCUUCGAUGUGAAGUAUUGGAAACAUCUGUCGAUGCUGAGCGCCUUUACUUGACUUUGGAAAGCAUGAAUGAAAAAAAUAAAAAUAUCCCACUUGGUGUUAUAACGUAUGCAGAUUUACCAAAAUACUAUCGACAUAUUGAUUAUAAUAACUUGGAAAAAUUUGAGGAUUACAUGCUUAAAUCUAAGGAAUUUUUGAAUCCGAACUAUGAUAUGCUUUAUGAAAUCAAUGGCUUAGAUGUAAAUGAAACCUACACUUUUAUGUCUUCAUUAAAACAUCCAUUUCCGCGAGAUGAAUAUGCCAAGGAAUUGCGCCGCACACAAGCGAGCAAAUGGGCUUUCCGCUCGGUUGCCGAAGGCAUUGAACAUUUCAAGAAUGGAAAUCACGUUGAAGCUUUUCAGUGUCUUAACAAAGCUCUCACCAUUGACCCGCGUAAUGUAGAAGGCCUGGUCGCGCGUGGUGCACUCUACGCCAACAAGGGCUCAUUUCUCAAAGCCGUUGAUGAUUUCGAGAAAGCUCUUAAACUUAAUACUUAUCAUGUAAACGCGCGUAAAUAUAUGGGCGAGACUCUUGUGGCGCUAGGUCGUCGCUAUGAGGAUGAAAAUCGCAUAAAAGAUGCAACCAAAGCAUACCAAGAUUGUUUAAAUAUUAUACCGAAUCAUGAGCAAGCGCGUUUAUCACUCGAAGCAAUUCAACAGCGCUCCGGUAGUCAAUAUUUUGAGAAUUUAGCACAUCUGCAAGGUGAAGAAGAAGACACUUUAGAAAAGGAAAAAAUUUCAGUACGAAAUUCUUCAAGUGAAGAUGGCUCAACGUCCAGUGAUAGCGGUUCGGAAACUGAGCAUACAGAUAACGAGGAUAUUGGAAAGGAUGGUUCAUUGUCACCGCUUAGUAAACGCAUGGCUUUGCAUGUGGCCAGCCUACAAAAGGAGGAGGAGUCCAAGAAACAACUGAAUCAACCAUUUUACAUGACAGCAUAUAACGUACCGUCCGCCACAACGCAUAUUAAUGAAUUUCGGCUGGAUGACGACGAUACAGGCUCACGUGUGCGUAAACUAUUGCAGGAAGCAUCGAAACACAAGAAGGAAAAAAAGAAAAUAAAAAAGAAAAAGAAUAAAAAGACGAAAAAAGUUAGUCGCAAAGAAAAAAAUGCAGCCAAUAUAUUGAGCAAAAUUAAUUUCCAGGAAGCUUACAACAGCAUGAACAUCGAAAAUAAACUCACCGAAAAUUUGCAAAAAUAUGAAAAAACUAUAGCCGAUAUUAAAAAGCGUCAGGAGGAGUUAGUGCAAUCCAUAGAAGCUGGCAUGACCGGCCGCAAACGUUCUGAAACGCCGCCGCAUGUAUCCUCAAUGCGUUCAUCAAAGUACUCCGCAUCCAAGUAUCCCGCUUCUUCAUCUUAUUAUGCAUCUUAUCCAAGUACUUCGGCCGCCGCUGCAGCUGCUGAUGCACCCUCAUCUAACGAGCGCACAAAAUUUUCAUUUCAAAUCAAACGGCCCGUUAAGGUGGAUAAAUUUGGAUUGUUUCGCGUAGCUACACCAUUAGCACAUCGAAGUCCUUCACCGCGUUCUCGUUCACGUUCACUUACACCAUCACGAGAACGUCGUCAAUUUAAUCGAACUCGUAGCCGCAGUCUUAGUCGCGGCCGUUACCGUUCACGUUCGGGUGGUCGUUGGAAUCGUCGACGUUCACGUUCACACUCCAUUACGUAUGAUGGGGGGCGCCGACGUGGUUCACGUAGCAGACGCUCAUCACGUUCCUUGUCACCUCACCGCCGUUCCCGCAGCAAACGCUCAUCGUCACCUUACCGCCGUUCCCGCUCUCGUACUCCAGGUCGCACACGUUCUCCUUCGCGUACGUUGCAGAGCCGUCUUGAAUCGUCUCACGGAAAACAUAGUUAUGAGCGUACGGUUAGUAGGAGUGUUAGACCUUCACCACCCCAUCAUGUUAAUUCCAAGCCAGCUAAGCCAUGGCCAAAGCGUGGUGGCAGAGGAGCAGCACGCGGUGGUGGCUUUGGAAAUCGUGUAUGGCGUCGUGAAAACGCUGUCGGAGAUCGAGAUUCUAAUGGACGUUGGCUACACGACAAAUAUGAAGAGGGAAGUGGAGCAAGCAAAGUGGAUGAUGGCCCGUCAAUAGAGGAAAUUGACGAGAUUAUCAAUAAGGCGCAAAAGGAGCGAAAACAGGAAAUCAUACAACGCGAUAAGGAUAUAUUAAAGAAGCCCACAGUAGGCCACUUUUAAUUAAACAUUCUUAUAAUAUAAAUGGAACAUUUAAUAAAGAGAUAUACAUAUAUAAAUACAUACAGAAAUACAUAGGAACAUAUGUAAAAUGCAUGUUCGUAGUUUCCUAUCAUACAAUUAGCUUAAAUUUCUCACGCGUUCCUUUCUCUUCUUAUUUCAUAUCAUA